AUGGCACAACCUCUUCCCUCACUUUCUUCUUCACCACCGCCGUGGGAGGUGAUUCUUCUCGUCGCCGAACGGCUCGACCCCAAAACUCUGGCCACCGCCUCCUGCGUUUGCAAGUCUUGGUCCCUUUCCAUGGCCUCCGACCACCUUUGGGAGCCUAUUUUCACCGCUAAUUUCCCUUCUCUCUUUAACCUUGCAACCGCCCCGGCCACGUCACCACACGUGUCCUUCCGCCGCCUCUUUGGCCUCGGCUACAUUGCUGCCGCUCGCCGCCGUCCCGCUCAGUCGAAACCUUCUCUUUCCCUCUCCGACCUCGUCUUUGUUAUUAGUAUUUCCUUCACCAACAAAGAUAGGUGUAGUAUUGCUUGUGACGGAGUGAAUAAAGAAGAAAAAGCUCCGAGGCCACAAUCCAGCCUCACCAUCGUGAAGCAUGGCGAGGAGCUACCCGUAGAUCGAAAUGGACUAUUCAAAUUCGACAUAAAUCUCAACGAGAAUGGGGACGGUGCUCCGGUGGUCAUUGGAGCGAGAGAGGAGGUGGAGGUGGUAUGGAACAUAGUGUUAGAAGGGUGGAGGGGGGUAUUUACAAUGAUUGAAUGUGGAGGAAGAGUGGGAAUGGCUCCUAGAGCGGAUGGGUGGUUCUCGGAGGAGCUUCCGGCAGCGGGGUGCUGCCCGAACGUCGUGAGUGGCGGCAUUGUGGGGGAUUUGAGACUAGGGUUGUGUGGAAAUGGAGGAGGGAGUAAUAAGGUUAGGAUUGAAAGUGUGAGUGUAGGGAUGAUGAGUGUUGUGAGUUGGAGAUAUGUGAGCUUAGAUGAUGGGUUAAUGUAUUUGCAACAUUUUUUGUUCAAUGCUAACGUCUAG